AUGGACUCUCAAGUUAUUAUGUUGGGAUAUAGCGGAGAUUUCAGCCAAGGCUGGGUACUUACAAUCUUAUCGUCAGUGCUCUGUGUUGCUGGCUGUUUUAUUAUAUACUUGGAUGAUAUUUACUACUUGGUCUUCCCACGUUGGCUUACGUCUAGAUAUCCUUUCCAUUUGAAGGAGAACUACUCAUUCAUGAAUGGAUCGCUUGCUUUUAGUUCGGGAUGUCUUCUUUUAACGGCGUUGUAUCGUCUUCUUCCGGAGGCCAUGCUGCACCUCAAAGAAUCCGAAAAGAGUUCUAAUGAGAAUCGAGUGUUGAUAUUCUCAUUUAUCGUGGGAAUAUUGGCCUGUGUUGCUUUCAACGAGGCUUUGCACUUUUUCACGGCAGAAUCCGUGGUUCAUUGUUCUCAUGAUGGAGAGGAUAAGGUUGCUCAGAUACCAUACACUGAUUUGGAGAGGGGUGAGUCUGGUAACUUGAAGAACUACGGCAGUGCCGAAUACAAUCAUGAAGGACACAGUGAGCAUGAAGAUCCUGAAGGACAUGGAAGUCACAUACAUCAUCAUACCGAGAACCACCAUUAUCAUGACGAUGGAGAUGAUUUAGGACCAACUGAUGUUGGAAGUGGUCCAUACGCAAGUAAUAGAACCAAUGAUGGUGGUGAUUAUAUAUCACACCAGGAAGAGAAUAGUCUUGAGUCACCGAGCUCAUCGCAUGAUGAUGCAGCAGAUGGAGACCGUGCUCCACUUCUUGGUCGCAGAAAGUCUUCUCGCUUCAUCCACUACUUCUCGCAAGCCACAGAAGACCCUCGACUUUUGGGAGAAUGCAAAGGAUACACGUCUGCUGAGCUUUGCCUUCACCGUGGAAAUGAUCUUCAUUUCUGCGAGAUCCCGGAAUUGGCUUCUCCUGAUAAGGCCCUAGAGAACGAAAGCGAUUCUUCUAAUACCGUCAGUGAAGUUUGUGACACAAAUCCGCUGGAUUUACAUAAGACUGAUUCCGCUGGCCAUUCUCACCACCAUCUGCAUACCGCAUCUCGUCCUCAUUUGCAUGCCGACCUGCUUUCUCGACUGGUACAUUCUCAUAGCCACUUGGAUGACCAUAGCCAUCACUUGUCCAAUGAACAUCAUCACCACCAUGUGAAUCUGCCACUCUCGCGGUUGUUACUAAUUGGUGUUCAGACCAUUUUGGCAAUCACAUUACACAAGUUCCCUGAAGGUUUCAUUACUUACAUUACGUCAGAGACGAACCCGGAGUUGGGAGUGCUGAUAUUCCUCAGUUUACUUAUCCAUAAUUACACUGAGGGUUUUUCCAUGUGCUUGCCACUCUACUAUUCAUUUCCAGCGUCCGCAAGGUGGCGGAAACUCAAGGCGGUUUCGGUCAGUGCCUUGCUUGGAGGACUUUCGCAGCCAUUGGGUGCCUUCGGAGGGUACCUUUUUAUGCGUUACUAUGCACAUGGUUCAUUUGAUAUUGGGAAAUUGGAUGAGGUUUUUGGAAUCUCGAUGGCGGUUACUUCCGGCUUUUUAGUAGUUAUUGCCUUAUCUAUGUACGGGUCUGCUGUCUCGUUCUCCGCUCUGCCUAAUUUCGUUAUGUUAUGGUGCUUGAUGGGUAUGAGUGUGAUUGGCCUUCUGACAGUAUUCACAAGCAAAAACUAG